AUGAAAGCUGUCAGAGAACAUAGAAGAGAUUUGAAUUUGCUGAAGCAUCUUGAAGAGUCAAUUGCAUUAGUGGAAACUAGUCCAGAUGGGGAUAUGAGAGAAUGGACCUUUACUCACUUGGCACUUAGUCAUUGGGGCAACUCUUUCGACUACACAAUGAUGGACUGGCUUUCGCCAUUGACACUGGCAGAAAUCAUUGCAAUCUGCAAAGAGUAUCAGAUCUACAUGUCAGAUGCGGCUCGAAGGAAGCACGAGAAGAUGAAUGCACCUUUGCCAAAUAAGAGAAAAUCAGACUUGCCAGUUCAAGGACCAAGGAAGAAAAUGAAGAACUCUGGACCAAGUGCCAGCAUCAAUGGUGAUGAUACCAUGGACAAACUGAGCUUCGAGAUUGCCAAGGAGAGUUCUUACAAGCUAUCUCACCUUCAGCAGUUCAAGAGGCUGUUUGCACUUGUGUCAGGAAUAUUCCAAAUGCGGGCCGUUUACAACCAGCAGAUUAGGACAGACAUCCAGCUCAGGUCUUUAUUGCUGGCAUGCUACUAG